AUGGGUGCAUUUUCUCUAUUUUGUGUCUUGGCCUUAACAUUCAUUUUUGAUAGUCUUAUUGCACAUGCCCAAGACUCACCUGCAGAUUACGUUAACGCCCACAACGCAGCAAGAUCGAUAAUCGAUACCAAUGUUCGAAUUCCAAAUAUUGUCUGGGACAACAAUAUUGCUGUUUUCGCACAAAAUUAUGCUAAUCGACGGAAGGAUUGUAAAUUGAUCCCGUCCGGUAGUGGUGGUCGUUACGGCGAGUAUCCUGGAGAGAAUAUUGCGGUGAGCAAGGGCAACAUGACUGGUGUAGAGGCAGUGAAACUAUGGGUCGAUGAGAAAUCAAACUAUGAUUAUAAUAGUAACUCAUGCGUUGGUGGUGAGUGUCUUCAUUAUACUCAGGUGGUUUGGAAACAUUCAAAACGUGUUGGGUGUGGCAAAGUGAAAUGUGAUAAUGGAGGAACAUUCAUUACUUGCAAUUAUGAUCCACCUGGUAACAUUGUUGGUCAAUUGCCAUAUUAA